UAUAAGUUGGUUAGACCGCUGACUGCCCUAACUGGCUAUCACUACUCUGCUUAUUCCUAGCAUCCCAUAGAGUAGUCCUCAAAAGAUAUCUAUUAUCCGCAGCUCCAACUCCCAAUAUGAAAGUCACGUGAUAUAACGCCCACCAACAAGCCCUAAUUUCCUAUUCCGGCCACGCUCAGCGUGCCAACCUCCUUAACUGUCAUCCAUGUUGGCUUUAUACGAGCCGCCAGGGGAUAACAGGACGGACUAACCAGAUACAUUUAUAUCUUUGCAGGCCGUGUCAGAUCGAGACGCUGCCGUCUCUACCCCUCUCACCACGGUGUGGACCAUGGCCUGACACCCGGCUUCAUCCUGAGAAUUGAUUCAUUUCAUUCUCCUGUCACUCACUAAACUUAACGCGGCAGCCCAUCCAUCCAUACACUCCUUCUAGACAGAUCGCGGGAACAUCCUGCUUAACUCCAGUGUCUUCAUUCAGCCCCUGACUCUCGGCGCAGAGGGAGAUAUUCUAUCCGAAGUAUCACCGCCUACCAGCAGGAAUCGGGCCAGAUAGCCCUGUGCUGCUCGCGUUGACAUUUAGAUACCCUGGAAUCUGAUAUAUGGCCACCACCCCCGCCUCAUUUGGCCUACUUAAUCCUUUGCGCACGACGGGUUAUCAUGAAUAAGAAAAAAAUUUCAAUUGCCGUUCCUGACACACUCGUUUAACUACAUAUCCGAAGGAAAAAAGCUCAGAAGAAAUCGCUUCGGAAAAGUAUAUACAUAUAGGUAUAUAUCUAUAAUGCCCCCAUCAAUCAGCACUAUCUCCUCCCUCACCCGCACAAUCUCCUCCACGAGCAUCCACAGCCUUAAGGAUGAAGAACCCGCCCGCCCUCACCCUCUCCGUUCCUCGCCCACGGGCCCACAACCCGAACACACCGCGAUAAAACACGUCAAAUCCGGUUCCGCGCAAAUCUCCGUCUCCGAAAUCCCCAAACGGAAGCCUGUCGCCUUCCCCGCCACUACCACGACGACAACUGUAACAGCAAUACCAUACCAAGACUCCCCAUCCGCGGAGAACGGCGCCGGCGCGGCCUCCACGAACCCACCCUGGCUGUCCUUCAUCGCCAAACUGAAACGUCCAUUCCCUAAACUAACGCCAACCGCAGCAUGGCCGACACGGCAGCCAGCAUCAGAACCCGCAACAGCACCCGCAGCGACAAAGUCAGCAGCAAAGUCAGCAGCAACGUCAACAUCAACGUCAGCAGCGGCAGCAUCACAUCUCGACAAUAUAAAAGCAAAGCUCCCCUUCCAGUCCAAUAAAAAGAAACAGCGCAUCUUCCUCUUCGCAAUCGGCGGCAUAAUCCUGCUCCAUCUUAUCCUCGUAAUCGGACUUGCAGCAGGGCUUUCUGCACGGAAGAACAAGGGCCAGGGGUACGGCGACCUGCCGCUACCCAGCGCCCAUGGCGGGCCGUAUACUGGUGAUUUAACCUAUUACGACCCAGGGCUGGGUGCGUGUGGGAUUGAGAGUGCGGCUGGGGAGCCGGUGUGCGCUGUGUCGCAGUAUUUGUAUGAUGCGGUGGCUGUGGGGACGAAUCCGAAUGCGAAUCCACUGUGUGGGAAGAGGGUGCGGUUGAAGAGGGCGGGGAGGAGUGUGGAUGUUACUGUUGUGGAUCGAUGCGUUGGAUGCCAGCCGAAUGAUAUCGACGUCUCGCUGAGCGUUUUCACGCAGCUGGCCUUGGAGGAGCAGGGGCGUGUCGAUGUGCAGUGGGCGUGGUUGGAGGAGACACCUCUCCAACAUCUGCGGGGAUAGGUUGGUAGCUAAGUCCAUCUCCGUCAUGGGAGGUGGUAUACUCCCUCCCUUCUGGAUUUUGGAAAUGCGAACUGGAAUUUUGAUUUUGAUUUUGAUUUUGAUUUUGAUUUUGAUUUUGAUUUUGAUUUUAUUUCUUGAUUUUGAUUUAUGAAACUGGUGUUUCAUGUUUCAUCGUUUCGUUUCGUUUCGUUUGAUUUGGGUGAUUGAACGGAUUACGGUUCCUUGCUAUAUUGUUUUUGGUGUUUAUUUACCCCCCUUGCACUCAACCCAAUCUUUUCUUGAACUCCUCAGAGUUUCCAGCCCUUGACGGGUAAUUUGGGAAUAUUCUUCUAUCUUGUCGAUAUCGAAUCCAUUUAAAUUGAACGAUACGCCAUUUACGUGCACUUCAUAUAUCUCUAUUUAUUUUCUUUUAUGCAAUGCCCACUUCCAGAGAAAAGGGUCUGUUAACCUCCAAAAAUAUUAUCUUGCCAUGAUAUGACAUGAAUGAAAUAAUAUUCAUUUCCCUUCCCCCACUACUCACAAUAUUAGAUCCCAUAUGCCAAAUCAAUAAUCGGGGAAUUCCGCCUCAACCUCAUCCCUCCACGCCCUAAGUCCACCCCGGAUAUCGCCCACCCACCUCUCACCUCCCCUAUCAACACCCAGCUCUUUCAGCUUUCGCACCGCCACCUGGGAAUCAUUCCCCAAUCUGCACACGACAUGGAUCGGCCUGGUGGGGUUCGCGUCGAGGAGAGAUGAAGGGUACCAGGAUGGGAGAGUUGUUGUCGCUUUGUUUGAAGUUGGGUGUGUGCCAUUAGCCGCUGAUUCAGCCGUGGAGUUCGAGUUCGAUUGCACCGUGGAGGAAGAGGAAGAAGACGAGGACGACGACAAGAUCAGCGACAUGGGGAUAUUAACGCUCCCCUCCAACGCGCCCAGGCCAAACUGCACUGCCUCCCGGACAUCAAUUAAGAUCGGCUCCUCCCGCUCCACCUUCACCUCCUCCUCCGCCUCCGCCUCCGCCUGCAACUGCUCUCGAUACCGCCUCCAAUACUCCCGAGCCGAUAUCCGCUCCUCAACCCCCAACAGUGCCUGUGGACCCACCACCCCGCCACAGAACUGCACGUAAUCCAUCAACCCACUGCGCAGUGAGUCCAGUGUAAUCGUCCCCGCCGUUGGCGAACAUGCCGCGCAGUUCCGCCGGCGCGGGCGCAGGCGUAUGCUGCGGAAGGGUGGGUUGGAGAAGGCGGAGAAGAGAUGGAGGGUUGGUGGGGUUGUUGGGGUUGCGGUUGUUGUUGUUGUUUGUGUGAGGAUGCGGAUCGUCUCGAGUGCUUGGAGGACGCCCAUGAGCCCGACGACGGGGCCGAUGAUGCCGCCGUCGGCGCAGCUAGUAACGCUAGCGGCGGGAGGGGGUUUAGGGAAGACGCAGCGAUAGCAUGGUCCUCCGAUGGUGGUGGUAGACGGAGAAUUGUUAGUUGACGAGGCGGAUGGCUUUUCUGCUGGCUUUUGGGGCGGGUAGUUGAGGACCAUUAGCUGGCCUUCGGUGCGGAGGGCGGAGGCGGAGACGAGCGGUUUCCCCAGUAAGACGGCAGUAUCGGAGAUCAGGUAGCGGGUUGCAGGGUUGUCGGUGCAGUCGAGAAUGAGGCCGUAGGGGCUGAAGAUUGAGGGGGCCUCGGCGGGCGUAAGGUGGGUGUGGUAGGGUAUGUAUUUGGGGUGUGGGUUUAAUCUUAAGGUUUUAUAUGUCAGUGGGACAGUUGGAUGUGUCCAGCACAGAAAACAACAAGAACGUACUCUUUCAAAUAUUCAAUCGCGCUAUCAACCUUGAACUUCCCGACAUUCUUCGUCCGAUGUAGCACUUGUCGAUGCAAGUUCGAUCCUUCAACCGUAUCCCCAUCUAUAAUGCCGAUCGUCCCAACCCCAGCUCCAGCCAGGUACAUCGCAGCGGGGCAUCCCAGGCCACCGGCGCCAACGAUAAGAACCGACGAUCCACGCAGUUUUAACUGCCCUGUAACAGAAACAGUUCACAAAUUAGCACCGUAACUCUCAUUUCAUUUUAGGAAUAGUUGUUAUAUAGACUAGGAGGAACUUACCCUCCAGCCCGA